AUGCCCAUUUUCGAAAAAAAUUAUUAUGCUUUGUGCAAACAAAAGCUCAUCAAACUCCUAGGAAUCAACACCGAUACUAAGAUUUAUAAAGCUUGGAGCUGGCUCUUCAAUUUUGUUCUUUCUCAAUGGUUUUAUGUGUUUCUUGCAGCCCUUAUUGCCAUUGCUGCCAAAUUCCCGAACUUUGCUCGUCAUGGAGGAACCAUUAGGGCCGAAUACACCAUUGGUUACGCCGCGAUCGCGUUGAUCUUCUUUCAAAACGGGUUAUCGAUGAGAACCCUGGUGUUUUUGUCGCAUUUAUAUGAUUGGCGAGCCCAUAUUGUCGCUCUUGUGAUGCAGUUUCUAGUCACCAACGCCAUUGUCUACGGAAUCUGUUGUGGUGUAAAAGCGGCCAAUAACCCUAAUAUCGAUGAAUGGUUACUUGUCGGGGUGAUCGUCACAAGCACUUGCUCAACCACCAUUGCCUCCAAUGUGGUCAUGACAAGAAAGGCGAAAGGAUCUGCCGAAAAGACAAUUUCCUGUGUAUUUCUUGCCAACCUCGUAGGGGCAUUCAUUUCUCCGUUGUUGGUGCAAAUGUACUUAAGUGGGUCAACCUGGUCUUUUGGUAACCCUAAGAAUGGGACUUCAUUCUCCGAGGUGUAUAGACGGGUUAUGAAACAAUUAGGUCUUGCAGUGUUUGUGCCGUUAUUUGUUGGACAGUGUGUGAUCAAUAUUAAUCCGGAUAAGGUCAUGGCUAUCAAUGCCAAAUAUAAACUCAACAAAGUCGGUAGCAUCUGUUUGUUACUCAAUUUGUUCCAAUCUUUCAGUACCGCAUUCUAUCAAAAGGCAUUCACUUCGGUACCAGGGGUGUCAGUGGUGUUUGUUUUUUUCUUAAAUACUGGGCUUUACUUGUUUUUCACGUUGCUCACUGCUGUAAUUUGCAGAAACCCCCUCAUCAAAAAGUUGUUUAUCGAUACCCAAGACUCAGUGAAACCUGGGUCGAUAAAAUACUAUCUAACCAAGUUCUUGGCCCCAUUUUAUUUCCUGCCAGAAGAUACGGUUGCCCUUAUAUUUGUUUGCCCUGCGAAAAGCGCGGCCCUCGGGAUCUCUUUGGUGACGUCGCAAUAUGGCGAUCACUCACAGUAUUUGGGAAAAAUCUUGGUGGCGUUGGUGCUAUACUCGACCCAACAGGUCUUGAUUGCUAAUUUCAUGGUGAUUCCUUGUAAAAAAUGGAUUCUUAUUUGCCAAGCUACGCAAGGAUCGGAAAACGAAGAUGUAAAUAAUAUUGAGAAGAGUUUUUCCAACCAGGAAAGACAGCCCCAGACUGAAAAUCCGCUUCAAAUAGUGAAUGAGGACGUUAGUACCCAAAUAGUGAAUGAGGACGUUAGUACCCAAAUUAGCAAUGCCAAGGAAAAGCAUCCACUUUGA